CAUGAGAUACCGUCGACGGAAGUUGUGAAUACGACUUCCCAGUCAGACUGAUUGGCUGAUUCGACUCGCCUUCCUGCCAAGACAAGGCUGAGCCGGAGCCUCACUCAGCGCGGUUCAACCACCGUCUUUUCGCGCUCUUCAGCCUCACGCGGCGGCGGUUCAACGACUAUCAAUUACAACUAUCUUACUGCCUAUCCACGACCUCAACAUGCCACGAUGGGUCUGACUAGGAGGUUACAACUACAGCGCCCCUGUACUACCAUGUCAUAGUCUUUUUUGGGAGGUUGGUUUAUCUACUGUGGUCGGGUCCGUUCAGCGAGACGCAGCAUCGAAACGAACGCUUCUUGAACUCUUUUCUUUUUUCUACUACUACGGCGAGUUGUCGCUCCAUUGAUUAAGGAACGUGGCACAACGCUACUCGACACCCUUUUUAACUUUUGCUCAUUUUCGCUCCGGUUCGUCUCCGACAGAUGAGCGGAGAUUGAGCCGUGAUAGGCCACCAUGCAAGCAGUAUUAUUUCCAUCGGAAACGUUGCAGUCCGCACCAUCGCCCAAAAUCCACUUCUCAACCGGCUCUCUGCCAUCUUAUGUGUCCGCGGAUCCGGCUCAGGCGCCCACGAAGAAAGCGCCGUGGAAACAAGUUCGAGAUGUUGGUUUUGUGCGGUCGGUGACGGUCGUUGUGCCGGGGGAGAUGUAUCGUGCUAUUUUCCCCCGAGAUGAGUCUGGAGAGAUAGGGGUUUCGAAGUUGAGGUUGAGGUAUGCCAAGGUGAUUAUGAAGUUGGAGGAUGUGUUGAGCGGGGAUUUCUUCACGGAAUAUGUUAAACGAGGAAAUAUCCUCAUGCUGUCUGAGGGCCAGCCGGGCGUGGACAAUGUCUUUUCAUUGAAAGACGGCGUUUUACGAUUAGAGCUUGGCAAGGAAGUCUACGAACGGACGGGACUUCAGGGGACUACUGUGCGCUCCGGCGGGCGAAAACAUAUCAAGUCGAGAUUUCUGGUCGAGUACAACCUCCGUCUUCCGUCAAUGCUCCAUGGCAAAAAGGGGUUCGAGAGACUCGUCUGGGCGGCUAGGAAUGUUUUGAACCAUAGUGUUCAAUGGCUCUUUGUGGAUCUUAGGGAUGAUCAUUCGGGAAGAGAUCUUACAGGUCCAAUAACGGCAUAUCAUCCAACGGUCGUUGAGGCAACGCCUCGAGUACGCGAAUUGGCUCAUGUCGUCGGGGUUCCUAAGACUCUUUCGGAUCCUGCUGCUUUGACAACGACAACCAAUACCACCAACACAACGCCUGCCGUUGCUUCCACCAAAGUCCCCGAGGAUGUUCAGGAAUCCAUUCUCGACCUCUUCGAAUACAUCGACAUGCUCGCUCUUGGCUCCCCGCGCCUCGAUGUGUCUGAUCACGUCGAUCCAUUCAUAAGUCGAUAUCGGGUUUCUGAUCAGGAUCAGGAUCAGGAUACUCAUACUCACGCGGCUGCUGCUGCGGGAAGCUCUUCUUCAACUACUACCUCUAAAACUAUCCAAGUCAUGACUUUGACGUGGACAGGUUUGAUUCCCACAGAGUGGAUCUUGGAGCUGUUGUGUGAGGUUAUCAAACGAUCUCGGAAAAGCAGAAGGGAAAGCAAAGACAGACCCAGACCCUCGGAAACACCGACGGAACAGCAAGACACUGUCAGUGCUAGUACAUCCUGGCUUGCCCUUAGUGUCACGGCGCAUAAGACGCAGACUGUUGGGGGAAGGGUUGAUGGAUACACAGUUAUUUUGCAACCAGACACAGGUGAUAACAAUCAUGAUUAUGACGAUGAUAUGAGCAACGGCGAUGGCGACAUUGUUGGCGACAACGACAAUGAAAUGGACUACCACACCUCUCCGCAAUCCGUUCAGAACCAAAGCCAGAGCCAAGAUCAAAGCCAGGAAGGAAAGAGACCCAGACCCUCCGAAAAGGCAGAGACGGAUAACGGGAACAGUAAACGACUUCGACGGAAUGAGGACGGAAACGGGAACGGUACCACUACCACUCCUACUUCCUCACUUCAUCUGCACCGCCACGGGUUCUACCGCUACAUUUGCGCCGAGUACGUCGAUAGUCUUGUCUGAAACUGAAAAGUUGAACACCUCAAAUUCAUUUCCAAGUCCAAGAUUCCGAUCUCCCGUGUCUAAACUUAUUCCCAGUCGUGCACAAGAACAAAGAGCGAAGCGGAAUUCAAAUUGGCAAAUCCUGUUGCCCAAUGUCAAGUUCGAACUCUGUUCUCGUGACAUAAUGUAUACAGAGACAGAAUCAUAAUCACCAAAUCCGACGGGAGUUCAAUGAGUAGUUGCUAAGAAUAAUAAUAGGACACUUCUUCGUUUUCG